UGAAAAACACACAUAACGAUCCUGAGACGCCAAUAUAUAGAUUUAUACAUCUUUUCUCCUAGAUGUCCUGCCAACAAUCUUCAAAAAAUAACCCAACCAUCAACAAAAUAUAAAAAUAAAAUAGAUUAACUGAAAUUUAAACCCUCACUAAUUAAUGUAAUAAUUAUUGCCCAAAAAUCAUGGAUUCGAAGCAGAAAGCGGUAGCAGGCUUCGACAUAACCAGAGCGGCUAUGGUGAGAAUCUGUCUUCUUGUCCACAUGUUGUUCAGUAUUUGGGCUGCGUCGUGUGUGGUUGGCAAGAAUGAAGUUUGGGUACUGGCCAUUUUCGCUGGUGUCCUGCUAGCUGAAGGCAUUUAUAACGCUGUUAAAAGGCGCGGUAGAGAGCCGAAAUGGUUCAGUUUCUGCAUCUUCAUCUUCCUUCUCGCGGUGGUGCCGGCGAUUUGGAUGUUGAACCUUGACAUGGUCGAGUGCCUCGUCACUCAGAACUCUAACAAAACCUCUUGUAACGGCCUUCGAGAACAUUCUUACAUUUGCUCAAUGGUUUCCGUGAAGGGCAUCUUUGACAGGAAGCCCAUGGUGUAUACGUUAGAGGAGAUAAUGUUGCUGAUGUUGAUAAUCGGAAGAUGGUUGCUGCCGAGAAGUUCAGUAAGUCUGGACCAACAUUCCCAGCUGCUUUUUUUCCACUUUGGUCUCAGUUUCGACAUGUUGGAUCUGUUUAUCCUGUUUGAGGAGCAGGCAGUUUUGAAUAAGCCAAAAAUGAAAUAUGUAAUCUUGGUCUUAUGGACGUUUAGUUUGUUCCAAUUCACACUCGUCAAGACACUUCUGGACCCAAACUCAGACAACGACCACCCGAUAACAAGGGCUCUCAACAGAUGUUACAUGUCUGAAAUUUGGACAGUAUCGUCGACAGUUCUGAUGCACGAUGGCCCCUAUCUCAUACUCCGUCUCUACUGCAUCAUCGGCCUCCAAAUUUUAAGCUACAACUUGCUCUUUUUCACGGUUAAAAACGCUCUGAUCAUUCUACUUGAGUGUUAUAGGAUUUCCGUCUUACUGUUCAAAUCUAAAAAUAAGGCUGAUGAGAAUGAUGGUAGUUCGGUGGAUCUAUCGGUGCACUCCAACUUCUGAGUCAGAUUUAGGUGGUACGAAUCGUAAUAACACUUACUACAGUAACGGGAGUGAUGGAUGGGUUCCGAAUAAAGGACAAAAUCUCUGGAUUAAGUGCUCAGGAUUUUAUUUUUUUUUAAAUCUUUGGGUGCACGUAGGUACUUUGUGAUGUAUAGGUACAUGAGUACGUGCGAGCGCGUUAUGUUUGCAUAUUUGCUUAUGUUAUAAACAUUAAACAUUGUCUCAUAUAAAUCUAUACAACGUGAUGAAUGGUGUAAAACUCUCGUUAAAAAAUUUCUU